AUGGAACAUCAUGAGCGACCGAUUCUUCAGGAAAAUGCUGACGAUGGCCAGAUUGGCAAAAAAAAACGAAAGCGGACAAUGAAGAUGGACAAAUACUGCCUACUGACGCAGCUAGGGUAUUCGUCUACACACAAAUUCUAUCGGAUGGAACAAACACUGUCCAGCCAAUCUAUCUAG